AUGACAGAAGUUUCAGCUGACGACUGCCUUACUGCCAUCACUGGGGAGACGGUGAAAAUUCCCUACUCUGUGAAGACUAAAGAGUCCUUAAACACACAGGACAUUUUGAUUCAGUGGAGAACAUAUGAAGGUCUCAUUGUUCAUACGUUUGUCCAAGGAGAGGAUAAUCUGAUAAAUCAGGACAAACAGUUCAAAGGCAGAACUCAUCUCAUUACAUCUGAACUGUCACGUGGUGAUUUCUCACUGAGCCUGUCAGAUGUGUCAAUUACUGAUGAAGGGGAGUAUGUCUGCAAAUACUACGGCAAAUCUGAUGGGAAAACUGGCAGUCAUAUGUCUCAUCAUUGCCUUCAAGUUGCAGGUCAUUACUCUGUCCCAGUUGUUAAUCCACCAACUGAAUGGUUAAAAGACAAAGAAGUCAAAUUCACCUGCAAGUCUACUGGGGGAUUCCCUAAACCAAAGGUCUACUGGUUGGUGAAUAAGAAGCCACUUGAGGACUCAAGCCAAGUAGACACAAUAGUAAGCACAGACUGCAGAGCUUGGUACAGUGUGACCAGCGUCCUGAAUGUGGUGGUGAGAGAAGACAUGUCUGUGACCUGCACUGUUGAGAAUGAGAAACUGGGAGAGAAGAGGACAUCACCUGAAAUUCAGUGUAGAGUUAACCAUAAAUGUCUCCUUAUAGAAGAGAAAGAGACAUCCAAUGAAGUCACCCAGCUAAAAAUAGUGGUGGUGGUGCUGGUGCUGGUGCUGGUGUUGGGUUUAGUGGUAUUUGGAGUUAUCUACUGGAUAAGAAGGACUUGCUCAAGAGAAUGUACAGCAUCAAGAAGAAGGAGCAGCGUGGAAUACUGA